AGGGACUUCCUAGGUCCUUUGUUGACCAUGAAAAAAAACGGGGUGGCGGUGGUGAGACGCGAAGGUGAGCUCUGUACGACGUGCAGAUUGCCGAUCGCCAGCGGAAAUCCCCCGCGGCUUUCGUAAUCCGCCUGGGCGUUGGCGUGUCUUUUUCCUUCCUUCUUUUCUUUCUCUUGCCUUGCCUUGACUGGCCUUGCAUCAGCUCUUCCCUCUCGUCCGUCCCGCCCCUUCUUGUCAGUCCAUCACUGCUGUCACCCACCCAGUGCCUUUGCAGCGGUACACCUUGGGCAGAUGGAUUCUGGUAGACUCGUGCAGCCGACGGAGAAGGACCUCCCCACGUCCACCGCGGUGAAGGAAACGCCCUGCGACGAGGGCCGGCCUAAUGUCUUCUCCUCCACCGUGCAGGAGAUCCUCUUCGUGGCCGUGGCCACCAUGGCCAUCGCCAUGUCGUCGCUGGUCACGGGCACCACCACCGUCCUCACGGCCGAGGUGCAGCGAGACCUGGGCAUGUCCACCGCGGAGCUCACCUGGCUGACCGGCUCCUCCUCCCUGGCCUGUGGCUCGUUUCUGCUCUUUUUCGGCCGCCUGGCAGAUUUGUUUGGUCGGAAGUCUCUUUUCAUCGGCAGCAUGGGGCUCUUCACCAUCUUUGCCCUCGGCGCGGGAUUCUCCCAGACGCCCCUGCAGCUCGACAUCCUCAACGGAUUUCUAGGUCUGAUAUCGGCCGCGUCAGUGCCACCGGCGCAGGGCAUGCUGGCCAACAUCUACCCGCGACCCUCCAAGCGGAAGAACCGGGUCUUUGCUUGUUUCAGCGCGGGCAAUCCCCUGGGCUUCGUGUUUGGGAGCAUCUUCUCCGGGAUCGCCAGCGAGCUGUUUGACUGGCGGGCCAGCUUCUUCUUGCUGGCCAUCAUCUAUGUCGUGGUGGUGGCCAUUGCGCUGUUUACCGUCCCUGCCGACCACGGCGCCAAGGAGCCCCUGUCCGUCCAGGCAUUGAAGAAAUUCGAUAUAGUUGGCACUAUCCUGACCAUCGCCGGUAUCGGAAUGUUCUCGGGGGCCCUGAGUCUCGGAUCAGAUGCCCCCAACGGGUGGAAGACGCCAUAUGUCCUCGUGCUUCUCAUCCUGGGUGCGCUUUUCAUCAUCGGGUUCGUCUUCUGGGAACGUUGGUUUGAGUAUCCGCUCGUGCCCAUGUCCAUCUGGCGAGACCGGGACUUCUCGCUUGUCAUUGUCGUCCUUCUCCUCGGCUUCCUGGCCUUCCCGAUCAUGACCUUUUGGAUCUCCCUGUUCAUGCAAGAGAUCCGACACUAUUCGGCCCUGCUCGUCGCCGUGCACCUGCUUCCCAUGGCCAUUGGCGGCAUCCUGGUCAACAUUGUGGCGGGACUCAUCAUGCACCGGGUGCACAACACCCUCCUCAUGGCCAUCGGGGCCACGGCGUAUACGGGGGCCUUUCUCUUGAUGGGCCUGCAGCACUCGGAUAGCAGCUACUGGGCCUUCAUCUUCCCCGGCUUGGUGUUGGCGGUGGUGGGCGCCGACUUCGAGUUCUGCGUGGCGAACAUGUAUGUGAUGAACUCGCUGCCGGCCAGCCAGCAAAGUAUUGCGGGCGGCAUCUUGCAGACGGUGACCAAGCUGUGCGUGACCAUUGGGAUGGGGAUCAGCACGGCCAUCUAUGACGCGGUCCUGGCUGGAGGGACGGCCACCAGCGGGUACUUCAAAGACGAUCCGAUCGAACCGUAUAGCGCAACGUUCCUGUACUGCGCGGGCAUUUCGGCCGUGGGGAUUCCCUUGUGUGCCUUUUUACGCAUCGGGACGCAGGGCCAUGCGGGCGAGGGCCAAGCCAGUACGUCCGGCAGUGAGACCGACAUCCCCAGCGUUAGCGCCAGGAGUGUGCUGGGGUCCAGUGGAGAUGAUAGGAAGGGCAGGGAGGGCCAAUCCGAAUGCACACUGUCUGGAUAGCUACAUAGUAUAUGGCUGUGGCUGAUAUAUAUUCAGGGGCGGUGCCAAAAGGUAGGGCGGGGUUGGUGACGUCAGCGGGGACGAACUCCGGCGUCACAGUCCCCAGAGGUAUACAAAACAUAGUAUGGAUGAGGGAUGAUCAUAGUCAUAAUAUGUAGUACACGGUACCAAUUAUCUCGUAGACCCAUUGAUCAACUGG